GCAACACCUUCCCCUGCCUGCAUGACCCACCGCCCACGCACUGACCUGCCGUUUGCCCCUGGGCGACUCAUUCCCCCCAAUACUGAUGGUGCACAUGCCCCCCAAACUCCUGAGCUGGGGCUGUCCUGCCCGAAACACUCCAGGGCGGCUGGGCAGGACGGGGCUUGACAAGGCCGACGGUUGGUUCCCAUAGGGACGGUCGGCAUGGAAUCCUGGUGUGUUUCUGUGGCCCAGGCACUCGCCAGCUUGCAAUUAAAGGUGGGCCCGUUUCCAGGCACCCUUGGAAACUUCCCAGCGCGUCCCACCUGACACCUCCUCGGGCAAUCACGUUAACCCCUCGUGUGCCGAACGAUGCCCCCCGAAAGCACCAAGCACCCCCGGCAGCCGGGCGCAGCAGCGCACCCACCCCUGCUGGACACCAGAGAGGGGCGGGCGGCCCCACAUGGGAGAUAGGUCCCGAGAGGAGGUGGCAGCUGAUUCUCUGCAGAGGGUUGAUGAGCUAAAGCACCAGGGUGUCACGGAGCUCUGGAUCGGGGGACCCUGCCCUCCAGGGAUCGAUCCUGGGAGCGUGGCGGGGAUGAACCCGGCGCGGCCUCUGCCCCCCAGGUGAUAAAGGUCUUCAGCGAAGAUGGCACGUGCCGCUCAAUGGAGGUCACGGCAGGCGCCCCGGCCCGCCACGUCUGCGAGAUGCUGGUGCAGAAGACUCACGCCCUCCAUGACGACAGCUGGUCCCUGGUGGAGCUUCAUCAGCAUCUGGGCCUGGAGCGGUGCCUGGAAGACCACGAGUCAGUAGUGGAGGUCCAGGCCACCUGGCCCAUCGGAGGAGACAGCAGAUUUGUCUUUCGGAAGAACUUUGCCAAGUACGAGCUAUUCAAAAGCUCACCACAGUCCCUGUUCCCCGAGGUCAUGGUCUCCAGCUGCUUGGAUGCCAACAAGGGCAUGUCCCAUUCGGAGCUCAUCCAGAACUUCCUCAAUUCCGGCAGCUGCCCAGAGAUCCAGGGCUUCCUGCACCUGAAGGAAGUGGGGCGCAAGGUCUGGAAGAGGUUUUACUUCUCCCUCCGGCGCUCAGGGCUUUACUACUCCACGAAGGGCACAUCCAAGGACCCACGGCACCUUCAGUAUUUCGCUGACCUCAACGAGUCCAACGUCUACUUCCUCACCCACGGCAAAAAGCACUACGGCACGCCCACCGACUUCAGCUUCUGCAUCAAGCCCUACAAGGCGCGCAGCGGCACGAAGGGCCUCAAGCUGUUCUGCAGCGACCCUGCCGCAGCCUCCCCUGGACAGCCAGGAGCAGGAGGGAGGCCCGAACUGAGCACUGAGCCCUCGCUCCCUGAGUCAGGGCACGAGGAAGAAGAGCCGCUCAGCUCUUGCUUCCUCCCCCAGAGGAGCAUGUCUGACAACACCUUGGUGGCCAUGGAUUUCUCGGGCUGCACGGGCCGCGUGAUCGAGAACCCCAACGAGGCGCUGACGGUGGCCCUGGAGGAAGCUUAUUCGUGGCGGAAGAAGACGAGUCACCGGUACAGUCUGCCAACGCCUGGCCAGGGCUCCCUGCUCAGCACAACCAUCCAUCGAACACAGCCAUGGUUCCACGGGCGGAUCUCGAGGGAAGACACACAGCGAUUGAUAAUCCAGCAGGGAUUAGUGGAUGGGGUGUUCUUGGUGCGGGAAAGCCAGCGGAACCCCAAGGGGUAUGUCCUGUCCUUGUGCCACCAACAGAAAGUCAAGCACUAUCUCAUCCUGCCGAGCGAGGAGGAGGGGCAGCUUUACUUCACCAUGGACGACGGCCAGACGCGCUUUGCCGAUCUCAUCCAGCUGGUGGAGUUUCACCAAAUCAACCGGGGCAUCCUGCCCUGCAAGCUGAGACAUUACUGCACGUGCGUGGCCUUGUGACAGGCUCCCGACGGGCCACGGCCCAGGCACAGCGGGAGCAGGACGAGCCUCAGCUCCAACCUCCGCCCUGCGCCCCACAUGGGCCAGGGCAGUGGCGGCCGCGGGACACGGACGUGGCUUGUGCUCCACCCUUGGCGGGGGCGUCCAUUGUCGCUCAGCCCCGUCAUGUGAGCACCGGCCGGGUGAGAGCCUGGGGUGGCCCCCCGGUCCCCAAGGAGACUGAAGGAUCGAAAAUCACCGUUCCAAAGGGAGCCCUCGCCCCUCGGCUUCCAAGAGCUCGUGGCUUCACGUAUCCUUCCACUCCUGUCUCUCCCUUCCCCAUCGCCCUGUAUCCUUCCACUUCUGUCUCUCCCUUCCCCAUCGCCCUGUAUCCUUCUGCUCCCGUCUCUCCCUUCCCCAUCGCCCUGUAUCCUUCUGCUCCCGUCUCUCCCUUCCCCAUCGCCCUGUAUCCUUCCGCUCCCGUCUCUCCCUUCCCCAUCGCCCUGUA